GCGUGUCGUGGUGUGGCCUGUCGGGCCUGUCGGCGUGCCAGAGCACCGCCAGAGUGCCAGGCCGGUCCGGUGUGGUCGUUCGUCAGUCAGUCAGUCUCUUUCCUUCACUCCACUUGGCCGCUCCGACAACGUCCGACAAGGAGACAAGGACCCACGCGCGUGCUCUCGCUCUCUCCCUCGCCGCCAGGAGGGUUGCCGUCGUUCGACGUCGACAGCUCUUCCGCGACAACCCUCGCGCUCGCACGGACCGCCUCCGGCUAUGCCCCCCAGCGCGGAGUGAACCUCGGCCUUGCUCGCCUCCUCGACGUCGAGGACGCGCCCCGGGACUCGCCGCCCUUCGCCAGCCAACCGGAACCAAAGCCUGCCCGCCGCCACCAUGGUGACGCCCGCCGAGACGGUGGUCAGCAGCACCGCCAAGGAGCUGGAGGCGAAGCAGCAGCCGCAGGAGAAGGACGUCCCGGCGCCGCGAGGAUGCCUGGGCUCCAGACACUGCAUGACGCUGCUGCUGUUUCUGGGCAUGGCCAACGCCUACGUCAUGAGGACCAACAUGUCGGUGGCCAUCGUCGCCAUGGUGAACCACACGGCCCUGCCGCAGGUGCACGAGGCCAUGGACGUGGAGGACUGCGGCGGCGCCGUCGGCUCCAUCAAGCCCAGGAGGAACGACACUGACGGCGACGGCGAGUUCGUGUGGAACACGUACACGCAGAGCUACAUCCUCAGCUCCUUCUUCUACGGCUACGUGCUCACCCAGAUCCCCUUCGGCGUGCUGGCCAAGCGCUACGGCGCCAAGUACUUCCUGGGCGUCGGCAUGCUCAUCAACUCCGUGUUCGGCCUGCUGGUGCCCGUGGCGGCCUACGCCGGCGUCGGGCCCCUCAUCGUGGUCCGCUUCAUCCAGGGCCUCGGCGAGGGACCGAUUGUACCCUGCACUCACGCCCUACUGGCCAAAUGGGUCCCCCCGAAUGAAAGAAGCAGAAUGGGAGCGUUUGUCUACGCUGGUGCCCAAUUCGGUACUGUGGUCUCCAUGCCUCUGAGCGGGCUUUUGGCUGCUUAUGGCUUUGCCGGCGGUUGGCCAUCCAUUUUCUACGUGUUUGGAGUAGUGGGCUCAGUAUGGUCUCUUGUGUUCCUGUUCUACGGUCACGAAGAUCCGGAAUCUCAUCCAACCAUCGACCCUGCGGAGAGGAAGUACAUUGUAAAUUCGCUGUGGGGACCCGCUGGAGUGUCGUCUCCACCUAUUCCAUGGAUAUCCAUUCUCAAGUCUCUUCCUUUCUGGGCCAUUCUGAUGGCUCACAUUGGUCAGAACUACGGGUAUGAGACUCUGAUGACGGAACUGCCUACAUUCAUGAAGCAAGUUCUGCAUUUCGACAUUAAACAGAAUGGCACAGCAUCUGCACUCCCAUACUUGGCCAUGUGGAUCUUCUCCAUGUUGCUGAGUGUUCUCACAGACUGGAUGAUCUCCACCCGCCUGUCCCACACAACAGCCAGGCGCAUUGUUAAUUCCUUGGGUCAAUAUGGCCCCGCCAUAGCCCUUGUGAUAGCAUCCUAUACCGGCUGCAACCCUUUGCUCACUGUUGCCAUUCUCACCCUUGGGAUGGGUCUGAAUGGUGGUAUCUAUUCAGGCUUUAAAGUGAACCAUCUGGAUAUUUCACCUCGAUUUGCCGGAAUCUUAAUGAGCUUCACAAACUGCACUGCAAAUCUUGCUGGACUGCUUGCACCCGUCACUGCCGGCUACAUAAUUCAUGGAAGGCCUACUCAAGCUGCGUGGCGGGAAGUCUUCUUCAUCUCUGCCGGAGUGUACAUAUUCUGUGCCACUUUCUACCUCAUAUUUUCCUCCGGUGAAAGACAAUCAUGGGAUGACCCCAGCACAGAUUCUCCUCGCCCUCAAGACCCUGAAGCUAAUGGGCACAGCAAGAAAAUGAAUGGUGUUGAGAACAAUGGUGCAGCCAUUGAGGAAAGCCAGCAUUGAAUUGAUGAACUGCCGGACCAGCACGAGUUCGUGUUUUGUGGGUUGUGUUUGCAGCAUUGCCAUGAAGGUGGCGACGCUUAUUAAUUUCUAGUGGGAGGUGUCCCAUUGUGUGAUGAGAGCUACAAACUUGAGACCAGCCUCACGUGAUUCGAUACCUGCUUCCAACUGCUAUGCCAUGAAGCUGAAAACCUUCAAGCAUUUUUUUGCGAGUUUUGUUGAGCUAUAGUUUGUGCAGAUGUUCUGGUCGCCAUAGAAAGCUUAUUUAUUUUCUUAUUUUAAGGAUUGGAAAUGCAUGGUGGAUGUGACUAUUCAGCAUUUGAUUAGAUCAAGAUAGCUGUACAUAAUUCAUGCCUACUGUUAACUGUAAGGCUCCACACCAGUAUUUAAAAUUUGUUUCUAGAAAGAGUACGUGCAUUUAAAUAUCAUCUUUUCAUUGUCUGUUAUGUAAUGAAACAAGAGGCAAAGUUGGUUUGUGAUAUAGAAAAUUCCCUAUGUUCUGGUGAGAAUGUGUCCGAUGAUCACCACCUUCCUUAUUUGAAGAGGUGCAUCUUGACUUUCCUGUGGAGUUUGGAUGACAAAAUCAGAGGAAGGUUUGAUUGUCGUUUAUUUACUGCUAAACUGUAGAUCCGUUUCAGAAAUCUUAGACUUGGAUUGGUACUACAAUAAGACAGUACACUUAGGCGAAUUUUUAUUUUAUUCCCAUGUAGGUAUCUUUAAUUUUAUCCCCUAUCGUUGCCUUUGGCAGUAAAUGGUCUAUUUUUAUUUUGAACCUGAAUUUUCAGACAAUUUUUCUGCCAUUGUAGAUAGUUUAGUUAAGAUUUUAGCUGUGAUACUCAUCAGAUUAAAAAUUUGACUCUCAUAUGUGUGAAUGAUGACUCCUUUUUGUUGCCAGAGUGGAAUGCCAGAAACAUGUUGUUAAUCCAAACGGUCUGCCAUAUGUUGACUGGUGGAAUUAAAUGCAAAUUCACAUACCAUGUUUUGCAAGUGUUAAAAAGUGAUAAGUUUUAAAGUAUUUAUUUCAACAUAUUUUUAUGGUCAUCAUAUGUAUGAUGCAGAUGCGGGUUUGUUUAAGCAAUGAGUGCUGAGCUUCCCCCAUAAAAUGAAUGUUGUUUUUCCCAGUUGGGUUUGAGUUCUUUUUAUCUUGAAUUUCUAGAGGAAUCCUAUUGAAUUUUUAAUGUUUAAAACAAGCAAAGCAGGAAACAAGAUAUUUAAAAAUACUACCUCAUUUUAGAUUAUUUUCUCUGUCAGUAAUUAAUGGCUGACUGGAAUGCUUGCAGAUGAAUUAUAUUAGUUUCUCUUGUGAUAGUUUUAAAUAUAGACAGUGACAUGGACAUAAACAGUCAAAUAUCCCUCUUGAAAAGAUUUGCUGUUGUAAUAGGGACAUGGAAGAACUCUUAUCAGGUGCUUUCCAGCUAUGACUUGUAGCUCCUUGUUUUCCUUUCUGUCAAACAAAAUUUGCGCUGUGUGAUGGGGAUUUUAGUUGUGUUUUUAUCUUUUGUUAUCCAUCAGCUUCCAAGGUGUACAUCAUGCACGUGUGAAUUUGGUUUGCAUUGAACAGUUUUCUUUUCCUGGACCUCUGUGAAUAAAUAUUCAGCAGUA